AUGAAUCCCAAAGCAGCAAACUACAUUGAGCAGCUCAACAGCGCUCGGUGCGAGGGAAAUUGGGAUGCCGUGCCGGAGCUGGUACGCAAGGUUCGCAAGCACGCUCCCGAGAGGCAAUGCCUCACAUUGGCGGCCGAGACCGAAUGCGCCAUCUCUCAAGUAACAGCAGCCGGCGCUCGACCCUCUGCGGCCCAAACUGCCCAAGAUCUCGACGUUUCAAGCCGGUUUCCCAAACUAGCUGCCGCCGUUAACGAGGAACACCAUCAUCAUGAAGAUCGAUUUCAGGCCAAAGUCUGCAUGGGCUGGCUGCACUGGGUGGUUGGAGAAUACAACGACACCAUGGCAAACCUCCCUGGUAGCCUUGAAGCGGAAGGCAUCUCGCAGGAACGAAUGGAUACGGUUUCUGAAUGGACCAACCUGUGUGCCCUCAAGUCAUCCUAUCUGAAAGCUAAUUGCUUGAUGCGGAACGACCAGAGGCAAGAAGCUCUCUCAGCUCUCAGGGCUGGGACGCCAUCUUUGAAUGGAGUUUGGUGUGGCCAUGGCGUGAGGAAGCAGUUGCGGUACUGGUCCGAAUUGUUCUUGACAGAAUAUUGCAUGCUUUCUAGCCAGGCUGUAGAGAACGAAGAGCUGAAUCUAGACGACCCAAACUCCCUCGCAAGCUUCCGAGCCUGGGCGAGGUACUGGGAUGUUAUGGGAGCUCCAAUCACUGGCGGGUUUGGUUUCAAAGGCUCUGUUCCCCGGCGAAGGAUAUGGGCAGAAUAUUAUGAAGCACUGUCUCGCAUUUUAGAAACCGACCUGCCAUACACAGGAGGUCAUGUUGACACCAUCUCAGCUGAUCUACCUGCCCGAGCCCAACUUCGACUGGAGAUCAAGCAGACAGAAGCCGCCUAUCGAGCGCUUAUCCUGACAGAGACGGCAUUUCCAAGGGCCGACGAGGACCGGGAAGAAGUUGAAGACUUUGUGAAGCGAGUGAUGAUGAAUUGGGCCAUUCUUUGCGGCCGGGGUUGGCGAGAACAAGACCUAGGUGCAGGUGGCCGAGCCGCAUUGAGUCGUAAUGUUCUCGAGACGUUAUACAGUGCCGCAACCCGAACGUACCAUUCUACCUCAAUCUUGCGAUCUUUGUUUAGUGUCCAUCUGGCCUUGGCGGAAUUCGACCUUGCCUUCAAAGCGUUUGACUCAUAUCUGGAGAUUGUGAAGAAGGGCAAGGCCCGAGUGGAAAAGACAGGACAUGAAGAAGUGAGCUUGGAUGAUGAUGGCAUCGUGCUAGAAACCAUGGCGCAGGCUGUCAUGGCUCUGUGUCGUUACGGCCACCGAAGAGCAGGAGAGAAGGCCCGCCAGCUCGGGGCCGAACUCGAAGACCAGUUGUCCAAGCUGUCACACACAAAGUCUGCCGAAAAUGGUGUCCCGCCUACUGAUGACAAUGAACCAAGAAACGAGUGGAGGGCACAUGUUUCACCAAGUAUUAUUGCCUUGGCUUGGCAGGCGAUUGGGUUGUCUCACGCUCACUGGUCCAGAAUUACCCAUGAAGCAGCCUCGAUAACAGAGAUCCAGUCCAAAGCUAUACGCUGUCUUCGUAAGUCCUUGGCCGCAGAGUUUGGUCGUUCCAAAGACAUCAGGAGCUUCUUCAGUCUUGCUCUUCUGCUCGCUGAGAGGCGCGAGCUUACGGCUGCCAUUGAACUCGUGCGCUCCGCUCUGCUCUGCAACAAGGGCCAUGAGGAAAGCUAUAGUCUUUACCAUGGGCCAUACUGGCAGGAGAGAACUCUCAUUCCUGUGUGGCAUUUGUUGGCUCUGUUGUUGAGUGCCAGACAGGACUACGCCAUGGCUGCCAGAGCUUGUGAAGGCGCAUUGGACCAAUUCAAAGACUCUACUAUCCUCUUUGGCAAGCCUGAUGCAAAUUGCCGCAGCGACCAUCUCAAAGACCUCGAUGCUCACAGAACUUUGGACGGUCCUGUUCGGGGUCUGGUCGACGACAUGGAUGAUUCGGAGAAGGAGAGCAUUUUGGAGGUGAAGAUGACACAACUGGCUCUUGUUGAAGUAGUUGAGGGACCGGACGCAGCUGUCAACGCCAGCUACGAACUUCUCUCACUCUUUUCUCGCCUGUUUGGUACGCUCUCGGCCGCACCAACUGCUGCCUCGCCUGCCCCUUCAUUACCGCCAAAAACGUCGGGCACCAUUCGAAGUAUUCGCGGGAGUAUUUUUGGAACAAAGGUGGACAGACCGAGAUCGCCGGCAAGGCAGCAGAGCAUCAGUACCGUGAGCGAGAAGUCAGGGGUGGCUACCUCACGACCUGCAACAUCCCACAGCUCUCAAAUAGCAGCGCCGGCAAUCCAGAUAACUGACGAGAAGGACACUGUCAAUGGCUCACGACGUGGCAGCACCGGCCCUGGACGUCGAAGUGACUCGCGACAAAGGAAUAGUCUGAAGAAGAGAGACAGAAGUGGUAGUCGGACUAGACCUGUGACGGCCAUUGCAGUCACACACCAGCCCACCGUGGUUGAUGGGGAGACUUUCUUUACUCCAACUGCAGAGGGUGAAUCGCCCGACUUUUUCAAUUUGAAUAAGAUGCCCGCUGCUCGGCCAACGUCCUCCAGCCGAGUCAAGCCUAUCUCAUCAAUGCACUCCAUCAUGACAGCUACAUCUAAGUCAUCCGACGUCACGGAACUGACAAUCGACGUGACUCAUGCUUCGCCUAAUGUACUACCGCUUGUGCAAUUUCCAAAGGAGAAGGAAAAGGCUCAAAAGAUUUCUCUCUUGAUCAAGAUCUGGCUCACCAUCGCUGGCUUCUACCGUCGUGCCGGUAUGCUGGACGAUGGCAAAGCUGCAGUUCUGGAGGCUCAGAAGCUACUGACCGGCAUUGAGUCUGAGGCUGCAAGAGACCCCUCCAGCACAGGUGCAACAAUAGGCGCUUCUGGCUGGGCUGAGAGGAGGAGCAUUGAUGACCUUUGGGGUGACAUUUGGUCUGAGCUCGGCCUCUUGGGCGUCGCAAGGGGUCUUCCAUACGAAGCCAAAUCGGAUUUCGAAGUAGCCCUCACGCACUCACCUGACCACCCUACGGCUACUGUUGGGUUAUGUAACAUUCUCUUGGACAUUUUCAGCGAAAAGGUGCUUCCUCCUUCGACUAUGCCAUCUCUAGACGGGUUGUACCAGAAUGAGAGGGGAUCAUUCCAGUCACCCAGUCAAGGGUAUCAUGAGAUAUUUGCGGGUACUCUACCUUCAUCGCCUCUUGGACUGGGGCCGCCCAUCACCGACCGUGUCCCAUCCUUGAAGAUGGAUGAUACUGCUGCUAGGAACGAGCCGGACCAGCUGCCCGCACCGUACAAAGCCACGCAUCUACCACUAGCAGAUCGACUUGCUGCCAGAGAGCGUGCGUUUACUCUUCUCUCCGGGCUGACCCGCCUGGGCACUGGGUGGGACAAUUCUGAUGCGUGGUUUGCCCUGGCGCGGGCACACGAGGAGAGUGGACAGCCAGAGAAAGCCAAAGAAGUUCUAUGGUGGUGCGUGGAGCUGGAAGAGGCCAUGGGUGUGCGAGAAUGGCGCUGUCUGGGUAAUGGUGGUUACAUACUCUAA